GGCUGUUGUUAUGGCUAUAAGCAGGCGGCGGUUUGCCUGUCAAACAUGGCUUCGAGUGGCAAUAGCGGUACCACGGGCUCCACUCUGCUGCAGCCCUUCAGCGAGGCCAUUAACCUGUCCGUCGACCAGGUGAAUUUUGUAGUAUGUCAGUUGUUUGCUCUGCUAGCAAGUGUAUGGUUUCGACUUUAUCUUCACCCAAGUAAAACGAGCAGCUUCGUCAGGCAUGCUGUUGCCACUCUUCUGGGACUUUAUCUUGCAUUGUUCUGCUUUGGAUGGUAUGCUUUGCAUUUCGUUCUUCAGAGUGGAAUUUCUUACUACAUCAUGGUGAUUGUUGGGGCAGGCCACAUGCAUAAGUUCUGUUUUGUCAUUGCUUUUGGAUACCUCACCAUCUGCCAAGUUAGCAGAGUAUACCUCUUUGAUUACGGACAAUAUUCAGCUGACUUUACUGGUCCAAUGAUGAUAAUAACACAGAAGAUAACCAGCCUGGCUUUUGAAAUUCAUGAUGGUAUGGCACGUAAAGAAGACCAUCUGACUCCAGCACAAAAAUCCUUAGCUGUCCGGACCAUGCCAAGUCUAUUGGAAUACUUAAGCUACAACUGUAAUUUCAUGGGUAUCCUAGCUGGGCCCUUGUACACAUACAAAGACUACAUUGCUUUCAUGGAAGGCAGAACGUUGCACAUGAAGUGUACUGUAGUAAAUGGAAAAAGAGAUGAACGAUGUGAUCAUGCAGAACCUUCACCUGUGCCAGCUGUACUGUGUAAACUCCUUGUCUGUGGGAUUUCUUUGACUUUUCACCUGACGGUCACAACUAUGUUCCCAGUGGCAUACAAUAUUGAUGAAACUUUUGUGAAUACAGCAAGCUUAGCUAGCCGAGUAUUCUACCUUUAUUUUUCAUUAAUGGCUGCCCGGCCAAAAUACUAUUUUGCUUGGAGUCUUGCUGAUGCUAUCCACAAUGCUGCAGGAUUUGGCUUCAAUGGUUAUGAUGAGAAAGGCAAUGCACGUUGGGACUUGAUUUCAAAUUUAAAUAUUGUCAACAUUGAGUCAGCAACUAGUUUUAAAAUGUUCAUUGAUAACUGGAACAUACAAACAGCUCUCUGGUUUAAAAGAGUUUGCUAUGACCGCUGCCAUUACCAACCAACAAUAGCAACUUUUAUGCUCUCUGCAAUGUGGCAUGGAGUGUACCCAGGCUAUUACAUGACAUUUCUUACAGCAAUACCAAUAACAUUAGCAGCUCGUGCAAUUAGAAACAACUUUCGAAACUAUUUUAUCAGGACUCCAGCUGUCAAAUUAUUAUAUGACAUUGUCACCUGGAUUGCAACCAUGAUAGCAAUAAGCUACACAGUUGUGCCAUUUGUUUUGCUCUCAGUAGAGCCAUCCCUAAAAUUUUACAGCUCUUGGUGUUAUUGUCUCCAUGUUGUUCCCCUGUUGGUCAUAUUGGUAUUGCCAGUUAAACUAAGACGAAAGGAAAAUGAACAGCAUCAUUCAAAACAGAAACGGCCAGAAGUAGAAAACCUAUUGACCUCGAACAAUUAUUCUGCUUUGAAUAACAAUUUGGACCAGAUACCAAGACCAUCAUGAACAUCGUGCAUUUGAAUAGGAGAUCUACUACUAAUGCAAGAUUACAAUCUACUCUCAAAUCUGCAGGGGAUUUAUUUGACCUUUGGCUUCCUGGAGAUUCAUCUGAAGGGCUGAUUUCAGAACUUCAAAAUUUCUAGCAACAAUGCAACCAUAAACAACAGAUGUGAACAACAGAGACACACGAUAUUGUGAAAGGAACCACUUGUUCUCUACACAGGAAAUACUUAUUUCCCUACUAUUCACUUGUACUUUUAAUUUGUCAAACCAUUGGUUCAGAUGGCAGAGAAAGAAAGGACAUUCUGAAAACCUCAAACAGAUUGAUCACCUACAUUUUGAAACACUGAAUACCUAUUUUUAUGAUUUAAAAAUUGGGUCGUUAAUAUGUAACUUGGUUAUCAGCUUUAAUGUUUAAGGUUUUUGAUGAAAGACUUCUGACUUUUUGGUAGUCACUCUAGUCCUGUUUGUAGCAUAAAGUGGAAUUGCACCAUCACUAGAAUCCCAAUCCUGAUGAUAGGCUGCAUUCAGUUUUGGAUUUUUUUGGGUUUUGAGUAGAUGAUUUGUUCUGAAUAAACUUAACAUGCACCUGUUCUUCUUUGCAGUUGAUAUAAAACUGGUUAAACAGAGACAAUUUUGUAUCAAAAUCUGGAAAAAAACUGGAUAAAAUUGAGUUGUUAUAUAUAGAUAUUGGGAACUAAACAUUUUUCUGAUUCUAAUUAAUUUCUAGUGUCAAAUUUGAAGCUUUAAAAAGAAAUAGAAAUUUUUUUAAUUGAUCAAUAAAAAAAAUGUAGAAGUUCUUGAAAUUAUUGAAAGAAGUGGAAAAUUCAUUUCUAAAUUAUACUAGUGUUAAUAAUGCUCCAACUGGAGCUUUUGAUACUGUGCAGGUCCUGAAUAAUUGAGGCUCCUGCAAACUUCAACCAUUGGUCACUUAACAAAGGUGGUGCAUGGCUGUGACAAAAUGUUUUUAAUCAGUUUUUUCUUUGAGGUGGUCCACUGCAAAAUAAGUAAUGUUUACCAAGUUUUAAUGUGAAUCAUUACCAAACACAAUAUAUUCAUACUUCAGAUAAAACUUGCAUUUUAUCAAGUUCUAAAUAAGAAUACUAUAGUUACAAGGGGGAAAAAAAUAAAAGAAUUUGUGACUUCCCUGAAAAAAUACGGCAACAUUGCUUUAAAAUCCAUACAUUCAUGUUGUACAUUUUAUUUAAAUAGCCUCUCAACUUCCAUUUUUAUUCAAAUCUUCGACCACCUUUACAUUGAGUUUUUCCACAUCUCUACUGUCUAAAUUUUUGAAUGACAAAUUCAAAAUAGGGAAUGAGAUUGCUGUGUAGCAAAUCAUAAAAAAGCAAGAAUUAUUAUUUUCCUUGGGACGAGAAAAUAACAUACCCUAUCAACUCUGCUUGUAAUAAAUCUGUUGUUCUUUAUAUGUUCAAUGCUCAUUUUAAUAUUAGUUUUCGAGAGGGCUAAGUUUAAUUUAAGACUAUGGUUUCAUUCUUUUCAACCAGCCUUGCCUUCUACAUUCUGGGGUUUGGCUGUUUAUCCAUGGUUGAGAUGAAUAUUAGAAUAUUUAAGGUAGAGUAAUGAUAGCAUUUUUAUUCCAUGUAUUUGUAACAUUGCACUGUAAUUAAUGGUAUAUUAGCUGUAUCAAGUUUACAAGGUGAGACUUUUUAUUAACUUUGUAUUAUCUGCACAAAGUGGUGAAUUGCAUUAAAAUUUAUCCUAGUGCAAUUCAGUUCGGGAGAAUGGUUGAAAAAUAUUUUCAAUGUCAGAAGAUGAAAUAUUAGGUGUUUUUAUAGAUUUAAAAACAUCAACUGUUCAACCUGUUGUGAUUUGUUUCUGAAUUUAACCACUAUAAAUGAAUUUGGAUUGGCUUCCAAAAUGGUUUAAAUAAUGAGGAAUUCCUCUUAAAUACUGACUUUGUAAACAAUUUUAUUUUUCUAUUAAUGCUACAUUGAACAUGAAUUAGUUUCUUCCCAUUGUAAAAAAAAAUGUUCAGUGGCUAUGGGCUUUCAAAAACUUCCAUGUUUAAACUGAAGAGAAUCACCAAAAUAUGCCUUUCCAAUUUUCACAAUGUUGUCUAUUUUUAAUUCUUGUAGCAAAAUUAUAAUACAAUAUUUUGAACUAUUUUUUUGUUUAUUGAAAUGUGUAAAAUAUUUUCUACUUGUAAUCUGCAGGAAAAAAGCUUUUAAAGAGCUGCACUGAUGUCACUUCAGAGAUUCUUCACCUUUUGUAGAAGCUAUAUUUGAUUGUUUUGAUACAUGAUGCCAGCUGUUGUGAUUUGUUGAAGUGAUUGUAACAUCGUAUAAUGUAAUGUUUCAUUUGUGUGAUGAUCAAAAUUUGAUUAAAAUAAUUGCUAAGAAUUUGUCUCUGU